AUGAGCGAUUGGAGAAGCAUCGAUAUUUAUGCAUUAGAGCCGGAAAACUUCUUAACUAAGCAAGACUUGAUCCCUGAUUUGCCGCCCGUCUCACAUGACGUUAUUGUAGGUAUCUCUCAACAGUGUCGUCAAGCUUUGUCACUGGGUCAAUUUAUCGUGGCAUUGACUACUGCGUUGGACACACCACCAUAUGUGGCCGAUGAAGCUACCAAAUCACUUCACGCAGAAACUGUAUUUGAAGUAUUGUGCUCAAUUAGAAAUAAUCACAGUGUUAACGACUUAUCUAAGUUUGUUACUCAAUUAGAUAGCACCCAGCAGGAUACGUUAGUCAAAUAUUUAUAUAAAAGUAUGGGUACUGGAUAUGGAACCAAGCAAGGUGGUUUAUUGUUAAGUUGGUUUGAAAAGACUGUGGAGAUAACUGGUUUAGGACCCAUAGUUCGCUAUAUGACUGAUAGAAGAACGGUGUAG